AUGGACCAUCAAAAUGUGGAUACUCCAUCUUGUCCAUUCUGUCCCUUUUCUGAUACGGACGCCCGGUUUGUUAUGGAGCAUAUUGAAUUUUGUCACCCUGAAAAUGGCACUGAGCAUGGUCAAUUCACCAUGCAACCACAAGAAGCAACGUCCGAAUACCAGCGACCUUCAGUCUGGGAUGGAACGGAAUAUCAAGCGGAUAAAUAUGUCGACUGCCCGAAUAGCUGUGGGGAAGUAGUUGCGAAUACUGAACUAUCCACUCACUUGGACCUGCAUUUUGCAGAAGAAGUCGCCCAUGAAGAUCCAACAUCGUCGCAAUUAGGGGCAUUCGCGGAAGAAUCGAAUGGCCACCGGUUUGAUAGAUUCGAUGAUGAUCACGAUGUCCAAGACAAGUAUGUAUUGCGGACGGAAGCAGGCAAAGCGCAUAAUUCUCGUUCGAAAACUGCAUACCAUGAGACCACAUCGGCCGAAGGCGUGAAAAAGCUUGGGCGGACAGAAUUAGGGCCUCAUGCCAACGAAAAGCGCAUGCCAUCUUGGUUGUUGAAAAUACUGGAAAAAAGCCCAAACAUGACGCAGUCAAACAAGAUAUCUUCCGAUGGCACACUUUUAAAACAUGUGACAGUCGAGAACGAGGCCAGCCAUGUCAUUCCAGUGCUAUCCAAGCUAUGCGAGCAAGACACGUCUGUUCAGCGUGCUUUUCUCUGUAGCCCUGAAGUCCGUCAUAUUUUCAAGAUGCCACGGGAGGGCGGAUUCUGCGGCUACAGGAACAUACAAAUGCUCAUCUCUUAUAUUCAAGAAACUAAGACCCCAGGGCAUGAGCAUUUUCAAAGAGGGUUGCCGACAAUCCUGGAGUUACAAGGCAUGAUCGAAAAUGCAUGGGACAUGGGGUUCAACAGCAUCGGGAGGAUUGAGACCGGCGGCAUCCGUGGAACUAGGAAAUAUAUAGGGACUCCUGAGGCUCAAGCCCUCUUUUCAAGCCUUGGGAUACAGUGUGAAGCCAAUAGUCUCGCAGAGAAGAAAGAAAUGCGUGCUCACGAUGCUCUGUACAUGGACGUUGCUGCGUAUUUUCGACAGGCAUGUUCGUUAGACGGGAAUGAUAAAGUUAUAGUCACAGAACUGGCCCCUAUCUACUUCCAACAUCAAGGGCACUCGCUAACCAUUAUUGGGUUCGAAAUUCGAGAUAACGGAAGCGCAAACUUAUUGGUUUUUGACCCCAUGUUCAAGACUUCUCAAGCGGUCAAACGCCUCAUAGGAACGAGUGCAAAAGUUCCUGACCCUGCGCGACUUCUAAAGGCAUACCGACGUGGUUCAGCUUACUUGCAAAAGUAUAAACUCUUUGAGAUAUUGAAGCUGCCUGUGCUUGCAUUUUGCGUUAACUCUGCGAACGAUAAUUAG